AUGUCCACAACAGCGUCAGAUCCACAACAUUCAGGCCUUACUGUAGAAGAGACUAAUUCGUCCAGUGUGACAACCAGCCAGGGAUAUGUGCUUCCAGAGGGAAAAAUAAUGCCCAAUACAGUGUUUGUUGGGGGGAUUGACAUAAGGACGGAUGAAAUAGAAAUUUGUGAAUUCUUCUCAAGGUUUGGGUCUGUCAAAGAACUAAAAAUAAUCACUGAUAGAAGUGGUGUGUUCAAAGGGUAUGGAUUUGUCUCUUAUUAAAUGAUUUUGAUGUACCGAAAGAUAGUUGACUCACAGAUUUAUUUUCACGGCAAGAAACUGAAACUGGGCUCAGCAAUCCGUAAACCGCAACAUUUAUCUAAUUACGCACAACCCAGGCCUGUUGUCCUUAGUCCCCCUGCACCUUAGUUCCAUAAUGUUUGGAAUAACCAUAAUGUGGACCUAUAUUUUCAGCACCCUCCUAUAAGUUCAGUUGCUCAAUACGUGCCGGCAUGCCCAAACCCAAACACUUCACCAGUGAUGAUUCAGCACUUCACAGUUGACUAGCAGCAACCAGCUUACUUCCAGGUAUCUCCACAGUGGCCAGCUGAUCAGAGGAGCUAUAUAAUACCUCAGGCUGUCACAAGCUAACACUUCUGUGAUAUCAUCCAAACAGAAUAUCCUGUUCUUUACCAGAUUACACCACUAUCUCCCCCAAAGGUAUCUGUUGACAGAACCAUCCUGACAGUGGUGUCUGCAAUCUAUUUUCUAGAUGAAUAAAACCAGACAUCUUUUGGUCCUCAAGAGGAUUGCCUAAAGAACAGAAGAGUGCAACAGUUUCGCAGGAGGAAAGCUGCUUUCAAAACUGUCCAGAAUUGAAGAGGAAUCCACGCAAUAAAAGUAUUUCAACACAGCUGACUAAGCAAAUUAAGAUGCAUCAGACCAGACCAUAUUAGCUCAUUUCAUAUUUUAUUUAUCACGUUUUGUUUUUUCAUAGUUUGUCAUUAGUUAUGUUUUUGAAAA